AUGGCCGGGAAGUCCCGAUUCCUCGAGGACAUCGAGGAGGCGCUGGAGAAAUCCAAGGACACGGCACUGUCUCGGCUGCUCUUCACCCACCAGGCUGUCCCUUACCCCAUCACCCUCUGCAGCUCGGAGACCUUUCAGGCCCUGGACGCCUUCGAAGCCCGGGCCGACGACAUCGUGCUGGCCUCCUACCCCAAGUGCGGUUCAAAUUGGAUUCUCCACAUCGUUAGUGAAUUAAUAUCUGCUGAUUCUAAAAAAAAGUAUGAACAUCCAGAAUUCCCAGUUCUUGAGUGUGGAGACCCAGAAAAAUAUCAGAGGAUGAAACAGUUCCCGUCUCCGAGGAUUCUGGCAACUCACCUGCGCUACGACAGGUUACCCGGGUCCAUCCUCAGGAAGAAGACCAAGAUGCUGGUGAUGUUUCGGAACCCCAAAGACACAGCCGCCUCCUUCUUCCGGUUCCACAACGAUGUCCCGGACAUUCCCAGCUACGGCUCCUGGGAUGAGUUCUUCACCCAGUUCAUGCGAGGAGAAGUCUCGUGGGGGAGCUUCUUUGAUUUUGCAGUGAGCUGGAACGAACAUCUGGCAGAGGAGAACGUCCAGCUCAUACUGUACGAGGACCUGAAGGAGGACCUGCCGGCCGGGGUCCAGCGCAUCGCCGACUUCCUGGGCUUCUCUCUGGGCGGGGAGCAGCUGGGCGCCAUCGCGGCCCUCAGCACCUUCCAGGCCAUGCGGGCUCGGGCCCCGGAGACGCACGGGGCUGUGGGCCCCUACCUGUUCCGCAAGGGUGAAGUCGGCGAUUGGAAAAAUUUGUUCAGCGAAGCUCAGAACCAAGAGAUGGAUGAAAAAUUCAAAGCGUGCUUAGCGGGCACCAGCCUGGGGGAAAAACUGAAGUAUGACACAUACUGCCACGUGUGA